AUGGCGUCAAAUGCGUCAAACCCGCCACCAGAGGUAUCUCCAUCGACUGUACCCAUGUCUGUAUCGACUUCAUCUGCACCUACUAUGGCCGCCUCGAUAAAUUUGAUACAACCCGACGGUCCCCUAACUUUCCAAUUCACGAACGUACAAGAUCUCUUCGACGUCAUCAACCGGACGAGUGGGGAUUUCCUUGCCGUCACAAACGUCUAUCCUCAUCAUUUCAUCCAAGUCCGACAUGAGCGAGAGAAACGGCGGCGUAAAAUCCGUUUUCGCCGCUACGAUAGCUCUUCCGGGAUCCUGACCAUCAAGCUCCCAACCGCUUUACACGAGGCCCUUCAUAUGGGGAUAUAUAUGCGGUAUUGUGCCCAGCUUGUCCGAAAGGAAAUGUCUGAAAGUUGGAAAGAUAUUGGGUCAACCACAUUUCGAGACGUACAAGGCUAUCCUGGCGGAGAAGGCGAUUCAACAGGGGAUCCAUGGCCGGAAUGUACUGCACCCAGCAGUUGGCCAACACUCGUCGUUGACUCUGGACAUUCCGAGCUGUUAGACGAUCUUCGCAAAGAUAUGCGGUGGUGGUUUGAGGCCUCAAACCACGAGGUCAAGAUAGUCCUUCUGGCGAAAUUUGACCACCAACAAGACCACGUUAUUCUGGAGAAAUGGGAGGAAGAAAUCACAGCUCCACCAGGACCGAUCACACGGAACCGGGCUAGUGUACAGCAGCAGAAUAGCAUUCUCCAGCUAGUAAAACGACAGACAAUCACCAUCACCCGCGAUGAGACGACGAAUCCAGUAUCGUAUAACGUUAAUGGGGCAUUGGUACUAGGAUUCCGGCUUCUUUUUCUUCGCGAUCCUGGCCCGGGGGAGGGGGAUUUCAUACUUGACAUUGAGGCCCUGCAGCGCUAUGCAAACGUGGUCUGGGCUCAGUUGCCAAUAUCGGAUUAG